UUCACCGUUCUAUGGCGUAAAAUCACCAACAAAAAGAACAAGAUCUGGGACGGAGAUGGCAUUCUCAUUGUCUCGCAAGGAUAUGCCAACCUCAAGGACUCUGAUGGUAGAGACAUCGGCAGAACAGUUUGCAAAACUCCCUUGCUUCCAGGAUCAACGCUCACCAUGAGUGGUAAGGAAAUUGAGAUAGACUCGCGCAUCUCUAGAGAAGAAGCCAAGUCAAUGUUACCUCAAAAGAAGGCCCCAAAGCCAGCUGCUGUCAAGCCCAGUACUGCCACUCGACCAUCUGUACCUGUCGCUCGUACACCACUGAAAUCUGUCCAAACUCAGAAAAAGCCGGUCAGCAUGCUUGGCAAAGCAGCUGCUGAGUUCGGCUCUACUCCAAAGGUCGAAAGACCGACGGCUGUCACUAUGUUGAGCAGACCAUCCGCUGCUUUCAAGAGUCCAAUGAUAGACAAAACUGGAGUACCUCUCGCACGUACAAAAUCUGAUGGCAAAACAGUUUGCCUUCCACGACAUGAUCCCAACGAACCGAACGCGCUUGUCAUGAAACGACCAAAGCAGGCACCCCCAGGAAAACAUAUCGUGGAUGUGGUCGUUGAUCCGAACUUGACCAAGCAUCUUCGGGAGCAUCAACGAGCCGGUGUGUCGUUCUUGUACGAAUGUGUCAUGGGUAUGCGACCCUUUGUAGGCGAAGGUGCAAUUCUGGCAGACGAGAUGGGCUUGGGAAAGACAUUACAGACCAUUGCACUGGUGUGGACUCUGCUCAAGCAAAAUCCAAUCUACGAGGACGGACCGGUGAUCAAGAAGGCUCUCAUUGUAUGCCCAGUCACUCUCAUCAACAACUGGCGCAAAGAAUUUAAGAAAUGGCUAGGUAAUGAGAAGGUUGGAGUCAUGGUCGCUGAGAACAACAAGACCAGACUUAGCGACUUCACCAAGGGAAAGAGCUAUAACAUCUUGAUCAUUGGUUACGAGAAGCUACGCAAUGUUCAAGAAGAACUACAACAGGGAAUAGGCGUGGAUAUCGUUAUCGCCGACGAAGGCCACAGACUCAAGACUGCCAACAACAAAUCUGCCGUGGCGAUCAAGUCUCUGAACACUGAAAGAAGAAUAAUCCUGUCAGGCACGCCAAUCCAGAAUGAUCUCAGCGAGUUCUAUACCAUGGUCGACUUUGUCAAUCCUGGCUUGUUGAAGACGUACUCAUCAUUCAAGAAGCAAUACGAAAGUCCAAUUCUCAAGAGCAGAACCCCAGGCGCAACGGCUAAGGACAUUGAAAAGGGUCAGGCUUGCAGUGAAGAGCUUGCAUCGAUUACUGGUCAAUUCAUCCUUCGACGCACUGCAGAGAUCUUGUCAAAAUACUUGCCACCGAAGACGGAAUACGUUGUAUACUGUCGUCCGACUCAGGUGCAAAAGGAUGUGUACGAGGCCGUCGUUAGCACUGGCGUCCUCAACAUUGCACUAAAGAGUAGCGAAUCUGCCUUCCAGAUGAUCAAUGUCUUGAAGAAGCUGUGCAACAGUCCAAAACUACUUAUCAAGGAUGCUGCAGAAGGCGAAGAAGGAACAGUUAAAUCGCUGCUGUCCAAGGUUCCCGCGAAGGAUCUCCAAAGCGCAGGCGGCAGCUCCAAACUCCAGGUUCUAGACGAAUUUUUACAUCUUGUUCGCACGAAGACGCAAGAGAAGGUUGUGGUCGUCUCAAAUUACACCGCCACUCUGGACAUGAUUGGCAAGCUUUUGACAGCAAUGGAAUACCCACAUCUCCGCCUCGAUGGCUCAACACCUGCAAAGGAUCGUCAAGGCCUAGUUGAUAAGUUCAACCGCACAUCAGCUAACAACUGCUUCGUCUUCCUACUCUCCGCCAAAGCCGGCGGUGUGGGUUUGAAUCUCAUCGGUGCCAGUCGACUCGUCCUCUUCGACAUUGACUGGAAUCCUGCAACUGAUUUGCAGGCCAUGGGCCGUGUUCACCGUGAUGGGCAAAAGCACCCAGUCCAUAUCUACCGCUUCCUCACGAAAGGUGCACUGGAAGAGAAGAUCUUCCAACGUCAACUCACAAAGCAAGGUCUCGCAGACUCAAUCGUGGACAACAAGGCCAACGCAUCAAGUUUCUCACCCGAAGAGCUCAGAGACCUGUUCACCCUGGACCUUCGCGAGGGAUGCCAAACGCACGAUCUUCUCGGCUGUGACUGUGCAUGCGAUGGUGCUGUCGCCAUGUCUUCAGACCUCACCACCUCAUCACCCACAUCCGGUUCAGCAGAAGACGACGACGAAGCCAACGAUGAAGACGGUGAUGCAGACGAAGAACUCCCUGCCCUUCCCACCUUCCUUCGCUCCUCCCAGAUCGACCCGGAAACUCAAGAACGCCUCCGCCGUCAACACAACUCUGCCCUCCGUGGCAGUCUCUCCCCAAAGAAGAACGGCAAGAAGCAAACGGCUAUGGCGUCGCUGAUGCAAUUUUCACAUCUGGAUGCUGUGAAGUUGAGAAGUGAGUUGAAAGAAGGUGGCAAUGAG